CGCGUAAGUCCGCUCUCUCCAACGCGCAAGCAUUUGGUCAACAAUAACAGCGCUGCCCAAGCCCCCCAACCAACACUCAUAUAAAACGCAGAGCACAACCCCACAAACCCCACCUUCACCUGUAUCGGUAUUCCACUACUCAGUCUCCCACUACAUACUCAAAAUGUCUGCCACACAAUCCCUCCCUAAGACUUACAAGGCCGCCGAGAUCGCCGAGAAAGGCGCGCCGUUCAAGAUUGUCGAGAAGAACCUCGAGCAGCCUAAGGACUCGGAGGUGCUUAUCAAGGUUGAGGCUUGCGGUGUUUGUCACAGUGACGUGAUCGCAAAGGAGAGCUACUUCCCCGGUAUCCCGUACCCCAUUGUUCCUGGACACGAAGUUGUUGGCAGGAUCGUUGCUCUUGGAUCUCGCGUGAACACGGAUUUCUUCAAGGUCGGCGACCGUGUUGGCACCGGAUGGGAAGGCGGCCACUGCCACGAAUGUAAGGCGUGCAGGAAAGGCGCGUUCGCAUGCUGUGAGAAGGGUUCCGUGAACGGAAUCUUCAGGAACGGUGGAUACGCCGAGUACGUGAAGGUCCGCGAAGAGUCCGUCGUCCGCAUCCCCAAGGACAUUGACUCAGCCGAAGCCGCACCCCUCCUCUGCGCCGGAGUCACCGUCUUCAACGCUCUCCGUAACACCCCGGCUCACCCGGGAGACCUCGUCGCCGUCCAAGGCAUCGGAGGUCUCGGACACCUCGCCAUCCAAUUUGCCAAGCAAUCCGGCUUCCGCGUCGCUGCCCUCUCCACCUCCGAAGACAAGAAAUCCCUCGCCUCCCAAUUGGGCGCCACAUACUACAUCACCGGAUCUCCUGAAGAGCAAGCCGAGCAGCUCGCCAAGGAAGGCGGUGCUCAGAUCAUCAUUGCUACCGCUCCCCACGCUCCCGCUAUCGGACCCCUGGUGAAAGGUCUUGCUCUGGAUGGCACUCUACUCAUCGUCGCCGCGGCCGGCGAGGUCACUGUUGACACCACGGCCAUGAUCAUGAAGCGUCUGAGCGUGCGCGCCUGGGCGUCCGGAUCUGCGAUUGAUUCCGAGGAGACGAUCAAGUUUGCGCUGCAGACGGGCGUCAAGUGCCACAUUGAGAAGUUCAAGCUGGCUGAUGUUGAGAAGGCGUACGAGAGGAUGAUGUCCAACAAGGCAAGGUUCCGAGCUGUCCUUACUAUGGAGUAGGAUAGUUAGCUACUAUAAUACGUAAAUCGUCCAAGCUCUUCUACCCCUUCUUUUUUGGGCAUCGCCGAUUGCGUUGGUACUUCUGUAAAUAAUUCGAAAUGCAGCCUCGCUCUUUCUCAGUCAUAUCCUGCAGAACUGUUGUUAUUCGGUGAGCACUGCUUUCCUCCUGGGCUCGUGCAUUAGGGCUCGUGCAUUAGGGUUUGGGGC